AUGCCACCACUAAGUUCUAAAGAAGUUAGACAAACUUUCAUAGAUUUUUUUAUUAAAAAAAAACAACAUCAAUAUGUUCAUUCAUCAUCUACCAUACCUCUUGAUGAUCCUACAUUAUUAUUUGCCAAUGCUGGAAUGAAUCAGUUUAAGCCCAUUUUUUUGGGUACAGCUGAUCCAAAUAGUGAUAUGGCAAAAUGGGUAAGAGUUGUAAAUACUCAAAAAUGUAUAAGAGCUGGAGGAAAGCACAAUGAUUUGGAUGAUGUAGGAAAAGAUGUUUAUCAUCAUACAUUUUUCGAAAUGUUGGGUAAUUGGUCAUUCGGAGACUACUUUAAGAAAGAAAUUUGUGCUUGGGCUUGGGAAUUGUUAACCACUGUCUAUCAUAUUUCACCCGACAGACUUUAUGUUACUUACUUUGGCGGUGAUUCUGCAUCAGGUUUAGAGCCUGAUAGUGAAUGUAAAAAAAUUUGGAUCGACUUAGGGGUGCCAGAAAGCCAUGUCUUACCUGGUAAUAUGAAAGACAAUUUUUGGGAAAUGGGGGAAACAGGACCAUGUGGGCCAUGUUCCGAACUUCAUUAUGAUAGAAUCGGAAACAGAAAUGCAUCACAUUUGGUAAAUCAAGAUGAUCCGGAUGUUUUGGAAAUUUGGAAUUUGGUAUUUAUUCAGUUUAACAGAGAAACAGAUGGAAGCUUAAAGACUCUACCUAAAAGGCAUAUCGAUUGUGGUAUGGGAUUUGAACGUUUGGUUUCCGUUAUUCAAAAUAAAAGAUCAAAUUAUGAUACUGAUAUAUUCACACCACUUUUUGAUGCUAUUCAAAAGGGAACAGGCUCACCUCCUUAUAAGGGUAAAGUUGGAGCUGAAGAUGUCGAUGGAAUUGAUAUGGCUUAUCGAGUAUUAGCAGAUCAUGCAAGAACUUUAACUAUUGCUUUAGCUGAUGGCGGCCGUCCUGAUAAUGUUGGAAGAGGUUAUGUACUUCGAAGAAUUUUGCGUAGAGCUAUUCGUUAUGGUACAGAAAAGCUCAACACGAAACCUAAAUUUUUUUCAAGUUUGGUUAAAACUGUGUGUGAUACAUUAGGAGAUACUUUUUCUGAAAUAAGAAGAGAUCCAGACACCAUAAUGGAAAUAAUUAACGAAGAAGAAGAACAAUUUUUAAAGACGCUUUCACGUGGUAGAAAUCUCUUGAAUAGAACUAUUGCCAAAAUAGGGAAAUCGAAAGUUUUGCCUGGAGAUGUUGCAUGGAGGCUUUACGAUACCUACGGUUUUCCCGUUGAUUUGACUCAACUUAUGGCGGAGGAAAAAGGAUUAUCGGUUGACAUGACCGGAUAUGAAGAAGCAAGAAAACAAGCUCAAUUGCUUUCUCAAGGAAAAGAGGGAAAAGUCGAUGACGGGAUAGCUUUGGAUGUUCACGCUAUCACCGAAUUACAAAAUUUGAAAAUUCCUCCUACUGAUGAUUCUCCUAAAUAUAAUUAUAAAGCUAAACAACAAGAUAAAAAUGCGGAAUAUGAAUUCCAGAAAUGUGAAGCCAAAAUUACAGCUAUACGACACAAAAAGAAAUUUGUCGACAGCAUUAAUUCCGGAGAAAAAUGUGGAAUUCUUUUGGAUCGCACUUUAUUUUAUGCAGAACAAGGAGGUCAAAUAUUCGAUGAGGGAUACAUGAUUAAAAAAAAUGACGAAAACGUAGAAUUUAGCAUUUACAAUGUACAAGUAAAGGCCGGUUACGUACUUCAUUUUGGAACGACAGAAGGGGUUUUCAAAAAAGGAGAUACUGUUGUGUUACAUUUAGAUACCGCUCGUCGUCGAUUGGUUAUGAACAACCACACGGGAACUCAUAUUCUUAAUUUUGCAUUGAGGGAAGUUUUAGGAAGUGGGUGUGAACAAAAAGGUUCUCUCGUAGCUCCCGAUAGGCUUCGAUUUGAUUUUACCAAUAAGAGUGCAAUGACACCUGAUCAAAUUAAAGCAGCCGAAGAUUCAGUUAAACGAGUUAUUGCUAAAAACUGUGAAGUUUUUGCUAAAAACACGCCAUUGGCAGUUGCCAAAACAGUAAAUGGAGUUCGUGCAAUGUUCGACGAACAUUAUCCCGACCCAGUAAGAAUCGUAAGUGUAGGAGCAGCCGUCGAAGAUUUGGUAGCAAAUCCUAGCAGCUCUUUGGGUAUGUCGGUUCCAGCAGAGUUUUGCGGUGGCACUCAUCUUCAUCGAUCGGGUCACGUUGGCGAUUUCGUCAUUUCCUCCGAAGAAGCCAUAGCGAAAGGAAUUAGACGUAUCGUUGCUUUAACCGGACCGGAAGCAAGCAAAGCUUUAAAAAAAGCAGCCAUUCUUGAAAAUGAAGUCAAUGAAAUAAAACAAAAAAUGAACGAUUCGUCUGCUCAAAAAAUGAUACCGAAAAAAAUUAUAUCACUCACCGAUGAUAUUUCACACGCCGUCAUUCCGUAUUGGAAAAAAGAAGAAUUGAGAAAUGCCCUGAAGGUUUUGAAGAAACAAUUGGACGAUAAAGAAAGAGCGAAUAAAGCCGCUUUAGCUGCAGGCGUCGUGGAACAAGCUAAAAAAAUAAUCGAAGCAAACCUUAAUAAACCUUUUAUCGUGGCCGAAGUCAAAGCAUUUUCGAACAAUAAAGCCGUGGAUACGGCUCUGAAACAAGUCAAAGCAUUAUCGCCAAAUACGGCCGCCAUGUUUUUCAGCGUCGAUCCGGAUGCAAAUAAAAUAUUUUAUUUAGCCUCCGUGCCAAAGUCUGCCAACAGUCAAGGGUUGUCAGCUGGUGAUUGGGUCAAUCACGUAUCACCAUUAUUAAAAGGAAAAGGUGGUGGAAAAGCAGAAUCUGCUCAAGGUUCAGGUUCGAACUUUUCCGCUUUGAAUGAAGCCAUGGAUGCAGCAAGAAAAUUUGCAUCUUCUAAACUAGGAGAAGGAAGUCAAGUCGUCGUCGGGACACCUUCUUCAGGUAAAUUAUUUAUCUCUUUUUAA